AUUAAGACCCAAAAAAGUUGAAAAGAAGUUGAUGCAACAACAGUAAUUGCGUGGGAAAAAACAGUUUGAAAAGAAUGUAAUUUUUACCUGGAAAAAUGUUACUUUUACAGAUUUUCAGAAUUCACGCCAAUCGCCUUAAAUGAUACAUAAUAAUUUAUAAAUAUGUCAAACGCGUAUACACUGAGAGAGAGAGAGAGAGAGAGAGAGAGAGAGAGAGAGGAGGGAGAAAGUCAUAAAGCACCGCCGUGGCUUUGAUUCAGCAGAGCUGGCGUAUAGCAAUGGCCACCCUCAUCCGGGUUCUUCUGAUCCUCGUUCUUUCUGAUUCAAUUGCUAGUAUCCGAGGCCUCGGAAUAGGAAUUAAUUAUGGCCAGAUUGCCAACAAUCUCCCAUCACCUUCCCGUGUCGCAUAUCUCCUUCAAUCUCUGAACAUUAGUAAAGUGAAGCUCUAUGAUGCCAAUCCGAAUGUUUUAACUGCAUUUGGCAAUUCAAAUGUCGAAUUUGUGGUCGGGCUACGAAAUGAGGAUCUACAAAAGAUGACUGAUCCUAUUCAAGCUCAAACUUGGAUUCAACAGCAUGUGCUACCUUAUAUUUUCCAAACCAAGAUCACUUGUAUCACCAUUGGAAAUGAGGUCCUCACAGGGAAUGAUACUCAGUUAAUGUCUUAUCUUUUGCCGGCAAUGCAGACAGUAUAUGGGGCUCUUGGUAGUCUAGGACUAAAGAAGGAUGUAUAUGUUACAACGGCUCAUUCAACAGGAAUCUUGGGUAACUCCUUCCCUCCUUCUGCAGGAGUGUUUCGACAAGAUCUAGCCGAGUACAUCCAGAGCAUUCUAAAUUUCCAUUCACAGACUGAUUCGCCAUUUCUUAUAAAUGCAUAUCCCUUUUUUGCAUACAAAGAUAACCCCAAUCAGGUUUCAUUGGAAUAUGUGCUUUUCCAGCCUAAUCCAGGGACUACAGACCCAAUUACGAACUUAAAAUAUGAUAACAUGUUAUAUGCUCAAAUUGAUGCUGUUUAUUCUGCAAUCAAAGCAAUGGGCCAUACAGAUAUCCAAGUCAGAGUUUCUGAGACGGGAUGGCCGUCUAAGGGGGAUCCAAGUGAGGUAGGAGCUACACUGGAGAAUGCUAGAUUAUAUAAUGGUAACUUGCUGAGUCGGGUACAGCAAAACCAGGGUACUCCAGCAAAGCCAUCAGUACCUAUUGACGUGUAUGUUUUUGCACUUUUUAACGAGGAUUUAAAACCUGGGCCAUCAUCUGAAAGGAAUUAUGGAUUGUAUUAUCCUGAUGGUACCCCAGUUUACAAUAUCGGGUUACAAGGUUUUCUUCCGCGCAUGGAUUAUUCAGCUUCGUACAGAAAUGGCUUAGAUUUCUUUCAUCUCCUUCUCUUUCCCGUAGCCUUCUUAAUAUGUACUUUAUAGCUGAAGAUGCAUCACCCUGAUGAGAAUGGGGUGGAGAAUACAAUAAGCCUCGGAAAUGCCUCAAUUUUUUGUCCCCAUCUUGUGGAGGGAAGAUUUUGAGGUAAGAAUUAAGACUUUUCACUUUGUUUCACUUGUGUGGUUUCAAAUUUGUACAUGUUCAUAAAAAUAUGUCAAAAAUGAGUUUUUACAUUUUAUUUUAAUACACUAAGGUAAUGAACAACAAUGUAAAUGCAGAACUAAGUGUCUGUGUGAACAUAGAUUACAUCGACAGUCAACUGCUUAAUCAUCUCAAAUUUAUAAUUGCAUAUCCCAUUGUUGUUUAUUUAAUAAUUGGUAAUCUGUCUCAAUCUUUCUAAUCUCCACUUGCAAUAAUGCAUAUGAAUGUCAUUUUAUUGGGAUUUCUAUUUGCUUCAAGACAAAAUAAUGAAUCGGCUUGAAUCAAGAAAAUCUUACAAGUUUUGGCGAUCUUGAAUUGUAAAUAAACCACCAAAGUUGGAAGGACGUCAUUUUUUGUCUCUGUUUGUGAGUCUCUGUCUCCAAUGACAUUUCAUAUCUUAUCUCUUUUUCUUUUUUUUUCCUUUUUGACGAUAUUUUCUGUCAUCUUCACAUCAAUUUGGAACUUUAGUUUAUACUUCUGUUGUGCAAGAAUGGUUUUUUGUGUUUCAUAGCUUUAACUUUCGUCCUCUUUUUUUUUUUCCGCGCCUCUUAUUAAAGCUUAAAAUCUUCAAUAACUUUUCGGGUUUGAACCCACACGGUUGGCCUGUGGUCUUCAGCAUCAUGGAGCCCAUUUUUCUCUUCUAGGUGAUCAAUUGUACAUCAGAUGAACUUAAUGAGCUAAAAUUGACAGAUAAAGGGAUAGUUUUUAUCAAUAUACAUAGCGAGUGGCCGCUGGAAUUCAUGAUAAUCCAACCAAACAUCUCUGUGGUCCAACAUUGAACUGCAAAAGAAAAACUAUACCAUGAUAUGCUUCAUUUGUACGUGUCUAGACAAUUAUUACUUUGUUAAACUGAAGAUAGCAUGUUGUUGGGUGGCUCAACGGAACAUGGAAACGGUUGAAGGUAGAAUAAGACGUGCCUUGUUUGGUGGGCUGUCACUUUAGUUGUUAAUAGAAGAUUAUAGUAGCCAUACCUAGAAUCAAGGCUAGGAAAUAUAGAGACGUCACGUAAAAAGAGAGUAUUCAUACAGUUGACUCCAAAUUUACUGAUAACAAAGCUUAGUUUACUGUGUUCUUGUAUAAGUAUCUUAUUAUCUUAAACUGCAAAUCGUAUUUAGGACUGUUCUCGACUCCACACUCUGUAGUUUGUCUAUUUGCAGGCAGCCAGAUAGCCAAUAUACAAUUCAUCAGCCUUGGAAGGAGUUUUUGCCGUACAAAUUUCAUUUGCAUAGGAUUCAUUCAAAGAAACUAUAAAUAACAGGAUUUUUUUCAUCCCAUCUGGACAGGAAAUAAUAAAGGAUUAACAAACGUAUACAAACAGAUUAUAAGUUUGGGAAUGUUUCAGCAGUAAUCAUUUUUUAUAUUAAAACCCAUGUUUAUGUAACUUUAUAUAUGAUUAAAAUGCUGUCUAUUCAUGUUUUUGUUUUCUUGCUGAUGUAUUCUUCUAAAUUUAUGAAUCAAGGUAAUAGAUAAUUCUUGGAAUCCAUGUUUGGUACACAAUACUGGUGAGUAUUAUGUAAUCAACAAGAUUUUAAUUUA